AUGGAAACAGCCAAGAUGUACAUCAGCAACGAGCCGCAGAAUGGCCAUACGACUACCAAAUUCGCCUCGACGAACUCCAUCCCGGCGAUGAUGGAACAGGAGUCGUCGUUGGCGAGAAUCCUCGGCGCGGUUGGCAGGCAACGCGAGAACGCGGCGAUUCUGCGGGAUUCGAAGAGUCGCCGGCACAGCGUCCUCGAGGAUCUGAAGGCUCGACGGGACAGCCUCUUUCAGAGGGCUCGUCGAGCCAGCGUGUUCGACGAGAAGGAUAACAACGCUAAGGAUACCGUCAAGAACAACGCCAAGGAUAACGCCAAGGAUAACGCCAAGGACAAUAAUGCGAAGGAUAAGCCGAAGGAUAAGAGGAGGAGCAGCGAUAGCGGCAGAAGAAGCUCCGUAUUUUACGUGUCCGAGGAUUUAUUAGAGGAGAAUCAGGAGGUGCCGGUAAACGAGGAUUGCGACCGCGCGGUUCAGGAAGCCAAGAAGGGACGCCGCAAGUCCUGGCAUCCGCUCGUUAAGCCGCCCAAGUUGGAUCGAAGAGGAGGAAGGGCGUGGAAGAGGAGGAAGGGCGUAGCCGGUAUCCCCUCGCAGACCGGCAGCACGGAAGGGCUUUAUUCACAGAAUUACGUGCGUCAGAAGAGACCGUCCUGGUGGAACAUCUUUGUACCGGACUCGGUCGUCAGGUCCAGGCGAAUGUCCCAGGAUGUCACCACUUCGAAAUCGACGGAGAACCUCUCAAUGUCUUAUUACAGGAGCAAAAGCCGUAGCGUGGAUCAUGGAUUUACGGCACCCUUCGAUUUGGAUUCUUUGCGGAACAAGGUUGAAGGACGCUUCGAAUCUGUGGAUAAGCUCGCGAAAGAUUCCGAUAACGAGAGCAAAGAUGGUUCCACGUCGCAGGAGAAGAAGCACGGUCGCGUCUCGCAGCCCAUCAACACCAUUGUCUAUACGGUGGGCGACAGAGACACGCUUACGUCAGUGGCGGCGCGAUUCGAUACGACACCGUCCGAGCUGAGCAAAUUGAACAGGCUCGGAAGUACUUUCAUUUAUUCCGGUCAGCAAUUAUGGGUCCCGACGAAAGGAGAAGGACGCUCGGGAGGCGAAUCGACCACCAAUGCGCCCAGCCCUGAUCCUUGUCACGAUCAUGAAUCCCAGGACGACUUACCACCCGAAGAAAAAGAACUUUUGGACAAUCUAAGACCAGUAUCACCAAAGCCAGGCCAUAUGGAACGUGUAAAGACACCUCUCGGAACUUCCAGUGGAACUACAGAUGAAGAUGAGCAACCAUUUAGAGAAAGAUUUCUGAAAAUCAAUGUUAGGCAUAUCACAGAUGGCCAGGGUGUAGUUGGCGGUGUGUUGUUAGUCACGCCAAAUGCAGUCAUGUUUGAUCCUAAUGUAUCUGAUCCUCUUGUUAUUGAGCAUGGUGCUGAAUCUUACGGAGUGAUUGCUCCAAUGGAGUUUGUAGUUAACGCUGCGAUUUAUUAUGACAUUGCGCAUAUGAGAGUCUCCCAUACCGAGUCCGGUCAUUUGGACAAAAAACCCGAAAUUUAUUACAUGAAGAAACCCCAAAUAGAUAAUCGUAAAUGCCAAUCUCCGGGAAAGGAUGAGAAUUUUCCUGAAUUAGCGGGCGAUGAUAGUGAGAGUGUAUGUAGCUGCGCAGAGAGAGAUGGCGAUGCUUUUCCAAAGGCCUUUGAGAGAGAACUUGUUACUCCCACCAAUCUCCAAAGUGAGGAGAAUUCAAAUUCUACCAAAGAUAAAGAGAAGGAGAAAGAUAGUAGUGACAAAGAAUUUUGCAGUGGCGGUCAAGGUAGUAGAACAUUAGAAGAACGCAGACGUUCCAUGCUUGACCAUCAUUGGGCAGUUCCUAGUAAAGAUCGAACAUUUUCCGUUGAUGACGAACAACAAGAUUCAUUAAAUUCUGAUAAGAUGGAACCAGCUAAAUCAAAUGCCAUUCCCGAGGACGAAGAAGGAUCUCUAGUCAAAUUGUCGUGCCAUGAUUCUGGUAUCGAUAUCCGUGAUCCCAAUCCACCUAUUCCGGUAGUUCAGCCUAUACCAUCGAAAAAAGUAUACUCAGAUGCAGACAUUGUCUUAUCUUCGGACUGGGUCCCUCCGAUAACGAUAGCGCCAACGAAUGUUACGAGCUCGUUAGAAGCCGGUCCUACUCCUAUUAAUGGCAGAAAGAAAGCCAGCUCGGUAUCUUUUAGUUUGGAGAGUAAUGCAGAGGAGCUCGAAAAGGAUGAAGAACAUAAGGAAGAUGAUAAACAAGAAACUCGAAGGAACAAGAUGUUAAAACGUCUAUCAUAUCCAUUGUCCUGGAUGGAAGGUUUAACCGGAGAGAAAGAAGAUGAAAGUAGCAAAUCCAUCUCUGAUAAGCUAUCGAGCCUUCCGAACAGUGCGGAUUCCCAUCACUCUUCUGUUUUCAGCAAAGUUUUCUCAAGCUCGCCGAUCAACCUGGUGAGUGACUUUAGCUCCGGCCUGUUUGCUAAAACCCCCAGCGAAGAGAGUGGCGGUAGAGCGGGUGGAACUCCUCCGCUUACCGCCUCUUCUCUCUCUCAGGACUUCAGCAAUUUCUCACCUGGUCCAGGAGGCCUUAUUGGACGUUCUUCCGUAGGUACCUUUAUUAGACAGCAACCUUUAACAUCCUCUGGCAGCAGCAGCGUCGACAGCAGUCGAGGUAGUAAAACUUCGACAAUGGCGCCACGAUUGGAUUACCGCAGUAUGGUCUCGGUCGAGGAUAUGCCAGAAUUAUUUGUGAGUUUCGACAAGCUGAUCCCACGGCCUGCACGUUCUUGCGAAGAUCCACCUUUGUACCUGAGGCUACGAACGGGAAGACCAAAGGAUAAGAAAAUACCGCGAUCGACGCCAAUUAUGAGCUAUGGCAAAAAGAAAUUGCGUCCCGAAUAUUGGUUUAGCGUACCACGUAACAGAGUGGACGAUCUGUAUAGGUUUAUUCACGCGUGGGUGCCGAAUCUCUACGGCGAACUGGAUGAGAAUUACUGGCGGGAACGCGGCUACAUUCUGUCCGACACCGACACGGACCUGUCGCCGGAAUUGUCGCCCCACGAGAGCGGCGAGGGCGCGGAUUCUACGGAGGAGAGUAAAGCUCGCGACGGACAAGGCGAUGACAUCACCGAGUUGACAAGGGAGUCCUGGGAGUUGAUCAAGGCCCCCUACGUAAAGCUGUACAGCAUCCUGAAGACUUCGAGCACAUCGGCCGAUUCCGAGCAGAUCCAGGAUUCGGAGGUACUCUCUAUGAGCGAGGAAGUGAGACGAGUCCUCUACGCGAACAGUGCCAUCUCCCUGGACAACGAAAUCAUCGUGCCCGAUCUCAUCGGUACGACUGAAAUACUCAGCGACGAGCAUAGGGAACAGCUCUGUCGUCAUCUACCUGCGAGGGCGGAGGGUUAUCAUUGGACUCUCGUCUUCAGCACCAGCCAGCAUGGCUUCAGCCUCAACAGCAUGUAUCGAAAAAUGGCGAAAAUCGAGAGUCCGAUCCUAUUAGUCAUCGAGGAUACCGAAGGCAACGUGUUUGGUGCAUUAACAUCGUGCGCCCUACAUGUGAGCGAUCACUUUUAUGGUACCGGCGAAUCCCUGCUCUUCAGGUUUACGCCAAGGUUCCAAUGUUUCAACUGGAGCGGCGACAAUCUAUACUUCAUCAAGGGCAACAACGAGAGUUUAGCAAUCGGUGCCGGAGAUGGCAAGUUCGGACUCUGGUUGGACGGUGACUUGUACCAAGGCAGAACGCAGUCCUGCAGUACGUAUGGCAACGAUCCGUUGGCACCGCGCGAAGACUUUGUUGUCAAGACACUGGAAUGUUGGGCAUUCAUAUAGGACACGGCCUCAUGCCCCCAGCCCGUUACUCCUUCGCCCUCUCCACAACCUAAUUUAACCUGAACUGGUGAGCCUUAUGAAGGUUUCGUUCCCCCUUCCCUUGUCUAGGAGAGAUUAGAGGAAGACUAAUGAUUCUAAGAGAUUGUCAGACAAGUUAAAUCGUGUCGAUGUUGCCACGAUACUAAUUACCUCGAUCGUCAUUUGGGAAUUCCUCGCCCAAUGUUAGACACGAUGAUUCUCCCAGAAGAAAAGAAUGAAUCGUCAAUGUCGACAUGAAGGGACAAUGAUGACAUUGCCUGAAGAUGGUGAAAUUGACGAGAAGCAGCCUCGAAAGGGAUGCGGACGGUAAAAGGAAAGAGGUUGUCAUCCAAAAUUAUGCGAUUGUAGCGCGUGCCAUUUACACGCGGAUUUAUGUAUCACGUAGCUACUGAUUAUCGUUAAUUGUCCCUCACUCCUCUGUUUUUUUAAGUUGGCGUAUUUAUUAUAUUUUUUAUAUUUUAUUGAAUGAUCUUUGCUCGUUAAUUUGAUUUUGUAAGUUGGCCGAGAGUCGAAGAAUUAUUAUUACUUUAUACGAUAAUCCUUACUUCGAACUAGUCGUGAGUUUAUGACACCUCUAACGCCGAUAUAAAGAUGAUGAUGAUGAUAAUAUUGAUGAUAAUUAAGAUGAUAAUGAUGAUGAUGAUAAUGAUUAUAAUAAUAA